GCGGUCGCUUCACUUUCCGGCAGCGGGGAGCAGGGAAGGGAAGCCGAGGGUACUGAGUCGGGCAACUACUAGAGGAGACACGAGAUAGUGGACUGGAAAAUCUCUGGUAAAUUUUACGUUACCACCGGUGAACUGGAACUACGCCCACACGCCACUUGCUGCUGGAAUAUACCUGUCUUGAUUAUUUUUCGUCCAAAAUUUCCCUGAAUGAAGUGCAAUGGCUGAAGUGCCGCCUGGGCCUAGCGCGUUGCCUGCAUCCCCGGCCGAAAUUAUUCUCUUCCCCGGGGGUGUCUGCGCUGUACCCGGGGAGGGGGAAGAACGAGGCUGCGGGAGAGGAGAUACUUUGGUCCCCGGGACAGGACAGCAACCACACGUAAGUGAGGGUAAGGGGACGAGCAAAACGAACCAGAAUCAUCUGUACUCUCACCCGGCAGCUCUAAAUUUCCACACAUCGACACAACAGCAACUCAACGGCUUAAUCAGCUCGGCGGAGGACGGCCUCCUUUUCACCCAUCAUAGCCGUACGCACAGCCACCUUCACCACCGGGCUCACAGACCGCCUGACAGCCAGAGAGUACCGGUAGAGCACUGUGACAGCGCAAGUGAGGCCCCGGUUGGGACUGCCGAGAGCAACAACUUAAACGACAGAAAUUGUGGCGAUUACCAGCAGGAACACAGUCCGCGUGUACAGAAGAACCACUCGCAUUCAAACAACAACAGUAUCAACAGCAUGCUGACCAUGGCCAGAACCGAGGCGACGUUAGGUCAGAGUGCCGGUGAGGAGCGGAGCAGGAAAGGCGACCAUAGCAGGACUGAACCGCAACCCUCCCUAGAUGACCCUCCUGACGGAGAGGCGGCGGAGGGUGGGAGAGGCCCUGAAACGCAGCGGGCUGGAGUAGAGUUGGCGGCGGCUCUUGAUGCCGCCGCUGUUCUGCAGACCCCGGUGUCGGAAAUGGAGAGGCUAGAUCUCAAUUCCAAAGCCGAAGGAGUUGAGGAGGAAGAUGGGGCAAUCCAGUAUGUCAGAUACGAGUCUGAAUUACAGAUGCCGGACAUCAUGAGGCUGAUCACUAAGGACUUGUCGGAACCUUACUCAAUUUACACCUAUAGGUACUUCAUUCACAAUUGGCCUCAGCUGUGCUUUCUGGCCAUGGUGCAGCAGGAGUGUGUGGGUGCCAUCGUGUGCAAGCUGGACAUGCACAAGAAGAUGUUCCGCCGGGGGUACAUCGCCAUGCUCGCUGUGGACUCCAAAUACCGGAGGAAAGGCAUCGGUACCAAUCUGGUGAAGAAAGCCAUCUACGCCAUGGUGGAGGGGGACUGCGAUGAGGUGGUUUUGGAGACGGAGAUCACCAACAAGUCUGCCCUGAAGCUGUACGAGAACCUGGGCUUUGUGAGGGACAAGCGGCUCUUCCGGUACUAUUUAAACGGGGUGGACGCCUUGCGGCUCAAGCUGUGGCUCCGCUAGCCGCGCCCGCCGACCCCCGCCCGCCUCCACUUUCCCCCAGCUCCUCCCUCUCCCGCCCCAGCUCCUCCCUCUCUCCUGGACACAGGUCGAAAAGGAACAGGCUUCUGGACGGGGAGGAAAAAGCCAACAAACAAACGAAUUAACAUGAGUUUAAAAAAAAAAAAGAGAGAGAAAUGAAACAAAUAAAGACUAUUGAGACUUUAAAGUA